GAGGAAACAGGCUCAGAGCGGGACCCCUCUCUGCUUCAAGUAACACCCCUGUCCCACACCAGGGCAGGUACCAAAACUACAGCCAAUCAUUGAGCUUGGACUACUCCAACGGCUCCACUGCAUCUUCAGAUUUGGAACUUGCUCAAACCACAAAAGGGAGGAUUUUUCAGCCACUUUUGACACACCGGUAGCAGCAGCAGAGGAGGAGAGAGGUCGACAUUUGUGAAUUGUGAUUUGAAGAAGGGAAAGUUGCAAAGAUGAUGGAGCUCACAAUUCAGCUCAUCCCAACCGGAGAGAUCAUCCUGGCUCCGGGAAAGAAUGGGGAAAACUACUGCCACAAUUGCAAGGUGGUGGGGACAGACGGGGUGCGGGCGAUGAUGGAGUCAGCCCUCACAGCCAGAGACCGUGUUGGGGUCCAGGACUUCGUGCUCCUGGAGAACUUCACCAGCGAAGCAGCUUUCAUAGAGAACCUGCGCAAACGCUUCAAAGAAAACCUCAUCUAUACAUACAUUGGCUCAGUGCUGGUAUCAGUGAACCCGUACAAAGACCUGGAAAUCUACACCAAGAACCACAUGGAGAGAUACAGAGGAGUCAACUUCUAUGAGGUCUCCCCGCACAUUUAUGCUGUGGCAGAUAACUCAUACCGCUCGAUGAGGACAGAGAGAAAGGACCAGUGUAUCCUGAUUUCUGGGGAGAGUGGAGCUGGAAAAACUGAGGCAUCUAAGAAGAUCCUCCAGUACUACGCUGUGACCUGUCCCGCCAGUGACAAGGUGCAGACCAUCAAAGACCGCCUGCUCCAGUCCAACCCCGUCCUCGAGGCUUUUGGGAAUGCCAAGACACUGAGGAAUGACAACUCCAGUCGCUUUGGAAAAUACAUGGACAUCCAGUUUGACUUCAAGGGAGCCCCUGUGGGAGGACACAUCAUAAACUACCUCCUGGAGAAGUCUCGUGUGGUGCACCAAAACCACGGGGAGAGGAACUUCCACAUCUUCUACCAGCUGAUCGAGGGUGGAGAGGAGGACCUACUCCGAAGGCUGGGGCUGGAGAGGAACACACAGCAGUAUCAGUAUCUUAUCAAAGGAAAUUGUCCCAAAGUGAGCUCCAUAAACGACCGCAGCGACUGGAAAGUGGUGAAAAAAGCCCUGACAGUGAUCGGCUUCAAUGAGGACGAAAUAGAGGAACUGUUAAACAUCAUUGCGAGUGUGCUCCACCUGGGAAACGUGCAGUACGGAGGAGAGGACGGCAUUGCCUCCAUCACCACGGAUACGCAGAUCAAGUACCUUUCCCGGUUGCUAGGAGUGAACGGGGCUGUGCUGACAGAAGCUCUUACGCACAAAAAGAUAAUCGCCAAAGGGGAGGAGUUGGUGAGCCCUUUGAACCUGGAGCAAGCCUCUUCAGCCCGGGACGCUCUGUCUAAAGCUGUGUACGGACGCACCUUCACCUGGCUCGUCAACAAGAUCAACAGUUCACUGGCCUACAUAGAUGAUUCUUACAAACACUACUCUGUGAUUGGUCUCCUCGACAUUUAUGGAUUUGAGGUCUUCCAAAACAACAGUUUUGAGCAGUUUUGCAUUAACUACUGUAAUGAGAAACUGCAGCAGCUGUUUAUUGAGCUCACCCUGAAGUCUGAGCAGGAGGAGUAUGAGGCUGAGGGCAUCACGUGGGAGCCAGUUCAGUACUUCAACAACAAAAUCAUCUGUGACCUGGUAGAGGAGAAGUUCAAAGGCAUUAUCUCAAUUCUGGACGAGGAGUGCCUGAGACCUGGAGAUGCCAGUGACAUCACCUUUUUGGAGAAACUGGAGGACACAGUGGGAGGGCAUCCACACUUUGUCACGCACAAGCUGGCCGAUGGAAAGACCAGAAAGGUGAUGGGGCGGGAGGAGUUUCGAUUGCUGCACUACGCUGGAGAGGUCAACUACAACGUCAAUGGCUUUUUGGACAAGAACAAUGACCUCCUUUUCAGAAACCUCAAAGAAGUUAUGUGUAUGUCCGAGAACAAGAUCCUGAACCAGUGUUUUAACCGAGAGGAGCUGAGUGACAAGAAACGACCCGAAACUGCGGCCACCCAGUUCAAAGCAAGUCUGGCGAAGCUAAUGGAGAUACUCAUGUCUAAGGAGCCGUCCUACGUGCGCUGCAUCAAGCCAAAUGACUCCAAACAGUCAGGACGGUUUGAUGAGGUCCUGAUCCGGCAUCAGGUCAAGUACCUGGGUCUGAUGGAGAAUCUCAGAGUGCGGAGAGCAGGGUUUGCCUACAGGAGGCGCUAUGAGAUGUUCCUGCAGAGAUACAAGUCUCUGUGUCCAGACACGUGGCCGAAUUGGCAGGGCAAACCGUCGGAUGGAGUGGCUACUCUGGUCAAACACCUGGGAUACAAACCAGAGGAGUACAAGCUGGGCAGAUCCAAAAUCUUCAUCCGUUUCCCCAAGACCUUGUUUGCCACUGAAGAGGCACUAGAGACCAGGAAACAUAGUCUUGCCACUAAGCUCCAGGCUGGAUGGAAAGGCUACAGCCAGAAGUCCAAAUACCAGAAACUCAGAAAUGCAGCUAUUGUGUUCCAGGCUUGUUGGCGAGGCAUUUUGGCUCGUAGGAGGGCCCAGCGCAGGAGGCAGGCGGCUGACACCAUUCGCAGGUUCAUCAAAGGUUUCAUCUACCGCCACAAGGAGCGCUGUCCUGAGAACGAGUACUUCCUGGAUUAUGUGCGCUACUCGUUUCUCAUGAACCUCAGACGGAACCUGCCCAAAAACGUCCUGGACAAGAGCUGGCCCACACCACCAGCUGCACUUGUCGAGGCUUCUGAGCAUUUGAGAAACUUGUGUAUGCAGAACAUGGUUUGGAAUUACUGCAAGAGAAUCAGCCCUGAAUGGAAACUCCAGCUGGAGCAGAAAAUGGUUGCCAGUGAGAUCUUCAAAGAUAAAAAGGACAACUACCCACAGAGCGUGCCAAAGUUGUUCGUCAGCACCAGACUCAAUGGAGAGGACAUUAACCCCAAAGCGAUUCAGAGUCUGGGCAGUGAAAAGAUGAAGUACGCAGUGCCAGUCACUAAAUACGACCGAAAAGGCUACAAGGCUCGAACCCGGCAGCUGCUGCUCACUGGCAACAGCGCCAUCAUUGUUGAGGAGGGAAAACUGAAGCAACGCAUUGACUAUGGAGCUUUAAAAGGUAUCUCAGUCAGCUCCCUCAGCGAUGGACUGUUUGUGUUGCACGUGCCCAGUGACGACAACAAGCAGAAGGGAGAUGUGGUUUUGCAGUGUGACCAUGUGAUCGAGACUUUGACCAAACUAGCAAUUUGUGGAGACAAAGCAAACAACAUCAACAUCAACCAGGGCAGUAUAAAGUUCACUGCGGGUCAGGGCAAAGAGGGGAUCAUAGACUUCACUCCUGGCUCUGAACUUCUGGUGACCAAAUCCAAGAACGGGCAUCUGUCUGUGACUGCUCCUAGACUGAACUCCAGAUGAUGUGGAUUACAAUUCACCAUCCAGGACUAAACUCCUUCUUCAUCUAAUCAGGACUUCAGGACUGCUCUGCCUGCUCUGCCUUAGGCAAUCAAAAACCAGCGUCCUCUCAAUAUCACAGCGUAUGCUUCCGAUAUGAAAAAAUCCAGCAAGACUAAUGGAAAUAUUUAUGUUUCGAUAUGAUAUUUUUUGAGAUUAAUAAUGUUUUGAAUAUACUGAUUUUAUACACAAAGCCAAUGAAUAACAAAUGUGUAGGUGCAUUUUGAUUUUAUGCUUUUGGGGUAAUAUUUGGUUAAGACAGGACCAAAAACCAUGCAAUUUUAUCCUAAUUUGAAACAACACAUUUAAUAGUUGUUGAUGACAAUUGGGACUCUUUUGUUCCUGUUUACAAUUAUAAUCACCACUGUACUAUGGGUUAAGCAUGUUGAAGCAUCAAGGUAGGUAGGCUGGCUUUGGUUUUGUCACUGUACGUAUUGAAAGAGAAAAAAAAGCAAGCGAUCAACACUUUUUUAAAGAAAUGGACAGAAAGUGAAGAAUGUAUGCAAGUUGAGGGUAAAAUAAUAAGUAGAACGAUGGUACAGCAGUGAUUUGAAUGAAAACUAAUUUAUUCUUAACAAUUUCCAGUGAGCUAGCCGGGCUUCUGUGCUUCGUAAACACUUUGGAUAGGAUGUUAUGAACAAAAAACAAAAAAAAAGCUGUCUUUGUUAACCUAAUUUUGCAUGCUUGCUUAAACUUUGGCACAGUGCAAUAGGCCAAUGGGAUGGUCUAAAGUUGACUCAGUUGUGAUAAGGUGAAAUUACUUGCAAUACUUUCCCUGCCAUACUUAUUUUUUGACUUGUAAAACCAAAACAAGACUUAUGCCUCAAUAAAACCAUAGGCUUGUUAUGUAAACUGUCAUAAAGUGUAUAGCUAGCCAAAUAUAUGCUCUAAGCAGGAAAAGUAAUGUUAUAAUUUACUUGCUAUUUGAAAUCAUUGUACAUGUCCAGGGCUGCAAGGCUAACUGACCACUAUCUUGGAUGUAGUCCACCUAAGGCCCAUAGUUGUAAAGGAUAUUUCUAUAUAUUCCAUUAUAUUGGUUUAUUGUGCCUUUUUAUGGGCUAAACAACUAAUUAUUAAACGAAUAUUACUGUUAAGCUUUUUUACAUUUCAAAUUUACAUUUCAAAUGCUCAGGUUUAUAGCUGAAACUCCAUUUAUAUAAUUAAACAAACAAAAAAAAAACUCUACUUUUUUCAAGCCAAAAAUAUUGUAACAUAAAAUUCUUUAAAGGUGCACUGUAUAACUUUUGUGGUGGAGGGUCUGCCACCAGCUUGUCUUCAUGGAGAUUUUAUUGCUUUGCCUGGUAUGUCCCACAUGACAUUAAACAUAUCUAUUUCCAUGUAACAGGCAAGUAACACCACCAAGCCAAGUUACAGGUCAGAUCUGUGGACAUGUCACCCUGCUUACAGUAUGAAUGUAUGUUUUUUGUUGAACUUGUGAGAAAUUAAAACACCUGUAAUUGUCUUCAAUUUAUGAUUCAAUUCAAGGUCCUAUAUUACACAAAACGGUCUUGUGAGCAUUAAGCCAUGUUAUAAUGUUGCUACCUCAUCAAAAACAUACCUAGAGUUGUGUGUCAUUUCAUUCACACGUUUGUCUGUCUACAUUUCCAAAGCUCAAAUGCUCUAUUCCACCUUCUGAUGUCAUGCAGUGGUAAUCUUCAAGUUAACAGCUCCUUUUACCUUUUGUUCAGUAGAGAUCGGCAAUUCCAGUGCUGAAAGCAUGCAAAUGACUGUAGUUGAGGAGAGUUUCAAAACACAGUGGAGCACUUCCUGUAUUACCACAGGGCAUCACAAGGUAGAACAGAAUGUUUUCUGGUUGAGAGAAAGAUUCAGCCUAAAUAUGCAGGGCCUGUGUGUUUAACACAGGUCAUCAACUACUUUGAAACAAAACAUAACUCCAGUUGUGUUUGUGAUGAGAAAACAUUAUAACAUAGAUCAGAAAAUAGCGUAAUUUGGGCCCUUUAAGUUGUCAUACUAUGGAACAUUCAAGACAAAACAAUAUCAUCUCCAUGGAGACAAGCACGUGGCAAACCCUCCACCUUAAAAGUUACACAGUGUGUCUUUAACUCCUGUCUCCUUUUUGCUUUAACUGAUAAGGCAGUGCAAUAAAUUAAAGACCGUGCUAGUUAUGCACUUACAACUUUUUUAGCCAAAGUAGCGAUGAUGAUUCUUUGUGAUUCUGUAUUGUAUAAUUUGUGCUAUUUUUUGACGUGAAUGUCUUUUUUCAGGAGGGAUUUGUAAAUGUACAGUUAUAAAUGAGAGACUCAAGCCGAGUAAGUUUGUUUAUGUUAAAAUUUUGGGGUGAAAAAAAAAGCUUUAAGUAUUGUUUAAUGUUAACCUUUUUACUAUGUGCCUUUUUGAAUAGCAAUAUUUGUAAGGGAUCAUAUGAGAAAUACCUCCUUCCUCUGUAAAUACGCUUUAACCAAAUCAUAACAUAUUUCAAGCACUCUUCUAUCAUUAUUGUAUCGUCAUGCCAACACACUAAGCAAUACUAAGAUCUGAACAAUAAAUAUGAGAUUAUAAGACUCAUA